AUGAAGCACAUGAAGCCGCCCUUCAUGAAGCACCGGAAAGCAGCCGAAUUACAAACCGGACAAUUACCCCUACUAUUGGACCAAAUUCGAAGAUUAACUGAAACGGAAACAUCGUCGUAUACACAGUUCAUAAUGUGGUCAUGGAGUGGAUCCAGAUAUUCUGGUUUGAAUUUCGUAUCCAUGAAUCAUGAUAACAUCAUUCAUGUGGUUAAGAAGAACCUCACAGCCAUUAUUUGGACCUGUAAAUGUGAGGAGUCUAUUUGUUUCAAGAGCUGUUACUGGCUCUAUUUCUUUGAUAACUUUCAUCUACUGAUAUUACCAUUGUCUCAAGCCAUGCUCUUGAGCUUUACAAUUCCAUUAAUAGCUUCAAUAUCUGAAGGAUUCAUUCUUCAUGAGAGUUUCAAACUUGCAGAAAUAGCAGGAAUUGCUUCAAGUUUCUUUGGUGUAAUCUUCAUCAGCAGAUCAAUGGUUAGCGUGCAAGGUACAGAAAUGACUAUAUUUUCCUUUGGUUUAGUCUCUACUCCUACUGCAGCAAUAUGCAUGAUCACAUUUGAAGAUUUUGUGUUGCCUAGCUUCUAUUCUUUCCUUCUUAUGAUUAUACUUUCCCGACUGGCGUUUGUUGUUGAGGUAGAAUUUUGA